GUACAAAAAAACUUCAAAUCGAAAAAUCGAUACGAAUGUUAAUCGCGCGGUGUGUAGGGUAUUUUGUAAUACAGAAAGUUAGACUGAAUUAAUCUCUAAACGCAUGGAUCUUCAAUAACUGUGAAAUUACUAAACCAUUUAAAAUGAAUGACGAGAAGCAACCACUUCUAACAGGACCUAACACUCCUAUUGAUAAUAGUGAUAUACAGAACGUCGAACUGAUUACCGAUCCAACUGUGCCUAAAGAUGAAAAAAGUAAAAGUGAAUAUCAUCCAGCAUCUGAACGGAUUUUGGAGCAUCCGACAUCAAAUUUUGAUACGAUGAUACACCUUCUAAAAGGGAAUAUUGGCACAGGUAUACUGGCAAUGCCAGAUGCUUUUAAAAAUGCUGGUCUAUUAUUUGGUGUGUUUGGUACUUUAUUUAUGGGUGCAAUUUGCACGCACUGCAUGCAUAUGCUUGUUCAGUGUGCCAAUGAACUGUGCAUAAGGAAUCAGAGGCCAGCGCUAAGCUUUUCAGAAGUUGUGGAAGAUGCAUUCACAUCUGGACCAGUUCCAUUGAGGCCUUACGCAAAGAAAAUGAAGAGAGUUAUUAAUGUAUUUCUGGUGAUAACACAACUGGGAUUUUGCUGUGUAUAUUUUCUGUUUGUUGCAACUAACCUUCAGGAUACUAUGCAUUUUUUCCAUAUAAAUCUAAGUGUUCACACUUAUUUAGCUUUAUUAUUCCCAGCGAUAUUAGCAGUGGCUAUGGUGAAGAAUUUAAAAUAUUUGACACCAGUUUCUUUAAUUGCAUCUAUAAUGACAGCUUGGGGAUUAGUUGUAACAUUCUAUUAUAUUUUGCAAGAUUUGCCACGCACUAAUACUGUGAAAGCAUUUGCAAGCUGGCAUCAACUGCCUUUAUAUUUUGGGACGGCUAUAUAUGCAUUUGAAGGCAUAGGCGUGGUUCUUCCAUUGGAAAAUAAUAUGAAGACUCCUGAAGAUUUUGGUGGCUGGUCGGGCGUUCUAAACACAGGAAUGGUGAUCGUAGCCGCGCUAUAUACCGCGAUCGGUUUCUUUGGGUACCUCAAGUAUGGUGAACAUGUACUGGGCAGUAUUACUUUGAAUUUGCCAAAUGACCUAUUGGCGCAAAGCGUUAGAGCAGUGAUGGCAGCAUCCAUCUUCUUGUCGUAUGGUCUGCAGUUCUACGUGCCAAUGAACAUCGUGUGGCCUUACGUUAAGUCCAAGCUGACUUCCGAGCAAGCGCUCAAACAUGGCGAGGCGGUGACGCGAUUCGCGCUCAUAUUCAUCACAUUUUCAGCCGCGGCGCUAAUCCCCAACUUGAGCGGUAUUAUUUCGCUGGUGGGCGCUUUCAGCAGUUCGGCGCUAGCGCUCAUUUUCCCGCCCUUCAUCGAAAUCGUAACUUUCUGGCCCGACCAGCUCGGGAAGCACGGGUGGAAAAUGUGGAAAGACAUUUUCAUCAUCAUGUUCGGCUUCACCGGGUUCGUUUUCGGCACCUACGCCAGCCUCGGAUCGAUCCUCAAAUACCCAUAAGCAUAUUUUAACCAAAGUUUAACGUAAUCCACAUGUAUUCGUGACAAUAAUUGUAUGUAGAAUUAUUUCGAACGAUUUUGCUUUUUUACGCAACUUUUAAUAGCUUAUAGGUAUCGGUAAUUUAGCAUGACGAAGCUAAACUGUUUUUUGACUAUACAUAAUUUUAGUUUUAGUUUUAUUUUAACAUUUGGAAAGGAAAGAGACAUUCAUGCAUAAUAAUUUAUUUAAAUUAUUCGUUGAUUGAUGAAAUACGUGUCUAAGAUGAGAUUAUUGCAUAUUGAGAUUUAUUUUUGUUGACGAUUAUAAUCAAUGUUUUACAUUUCUCUUUUAAUUAUUUUGUACCUGUCUGGUAUUUUUUGCUUUAUGUGAUAUAUUGAUUAAUGUAGAUAUUUGUUAUGUAUUAUUGUUGAAGUUUGAUAUGCUUGCUUACAAAACAUUGCAUAAAAUAUUCUUAAGAUUUUAAUAGUGUACGUAACAAUCGAAUAUAAAAUGUAUCUGAGAUAAUAUUAACUUUAUUUUUAUAAAACGAAAAUUCUAAUAUUACUACUGUUAUUAAUAUAUUGUAUCACAAUUUAAUUUAAAAUAAAUCAAAACGAUGUGAAAAACCACAAUAAAGCAAAAACUUUGCACUUUUGCUAAUAUAUCUAGCUAGACCAUGUUGAACCUACAGAUUUAAAUGUAGUAUGUAGGCCUAUGUUUUGCUAUUAUCAAAAAAUAUCAAAAUUUACUUACUUUUUAUUGUUUUAAUAAAGAUCAAUUUUAAAUAUAAUUUUAUAUUUUCAUGACACAGGGUCAAGCGCCUAGCAUUUAUGAGUACAUAAUGUAUGUAAAGUGUUGCCAGUUAUUCUUACGGUUACGUUUAUUUGGAUGAGUAUUGAAUCAAUUUAUUUAGACUAGUACAAGUACGGAAUUAUUGCUCUCUAUGUGAAAGAAAAUUUAAAUCUAAAAAAAUAUUAUUUAUAAAUUGUUUGUCAUCAUAGCAAAACAUUAAAAUUGCUAAUAUCAAUUUUAUUUCACCAAAUUGGACAUGAAAGUAUUUCGAGAAUGUUGUUUCCAAAAAUGAUUAUUAUAAUUUUUAUCAAAUGAUUUGCCACUUAAGAUGAUAAUAAAGGUUUUUAUUUGGGGAUAUUUUAUGACUACCUACAUUUCAAUAUGACAUAAGUGAGUAAAAAUAAUUAGCCCUAUGCGUAAAUUCCUGUGAAAUUACAUUAGACUUCACAACUGCAUUGAUAAAAUAAUAUAUUAUUAUGUGCUAUUCAAUCGUACAAGUUGUUGUAUUAUAUUGUUUAGUUGGUAAAUGUUCCCAAUUCCUUUAUGCUCUGGCUGUGUCCAUUUAUUACCUGUAGUAUGUAAUCUUCUUUUUAUUGAUUGUGGCUUUAUAAAUGUGUAUUUUACAUUUUUAUUGUAAAUGUCAUGUGUUUGUAAUGUAUUUUUAUCGUGUAUUGCAUCUCUAUUAAAUUAAUCAAGCAUUGUAUGGAAUAUAAAUAGGAGCAUUUCAUGUCAAACUUAAAACAUUUAAAGAUUCCAAACAUUUGGAAGAAAAAUAUUUAUAAUUCAUUUUUUAAUAUAAAAGUUAAUAACAAAUUUCUGCUAUAAUUAUAGUAAUCCAUUAUUUUUAAUAUUCAUUGACAUAAUAAAUGACAUGAAACGUCCCAUAAGAUAAGAGAUGAGAUCAGUUUCCACUAUAAAUCGGCUGUACGAGCUAGUUACCCUUGCUACUUUGUCUAACUUUAAUCUUUUGAUAAAGAUGUAAAAGUCUUCUCGACUUAACAUGAACAUUGAGGCUUUUUAAAUAUACUUUUUACAUUAUAAUAAUGAUAAUUUUACAUUAAAUACAUUAAGAACUCGUAGUGAGUUUUAGGACCAAAACUAGGCUGGCUCUGAGCUUCUGUUAGUUUGUUUUCACAAAAUACUUUCAAUAAAGGCUACGCGUGUAGUAUGUGUAUCGCAAUCUUGUAACCGCGAUGUACCUAUGAUCCCGCAAAAAUAAAUAUAGAGGCAAAAUGUUAUGUCGAGGAGACUUACGAAAAAGUAUGGUACCUUUCCUUACCCAUAUAAAAUAACUACCUACUUCUGACAAAAAAAGAUAAAAUUAGCUGUUAAAAAACAUUUAUCUGGGACCUUAAAUUCGUACCUGAAAUACGUGUAGUUUUUGUAGGUCUUUCGAUUGUUUUUAGACCUGUUAUAGGCAGGUACAGUCGGCGUAAAAUAGUUCGUGACAUCUAAAGUGGCCAUAAAGUUGACAACACAACUUUUCCAUUUAUUGUAACAAAGAUGUGUUGCGAAUUUUUUGGCUACUUUGGGUGUAACGAACUAUUUGACGCUGACUGUACACCUUUUGUCUUCUGUCGUAGUGGAAACCCCUCUAAGUCUCAAAUUAUGCAUUUUCUAUAGAACACCAUGUAAUCAAGUUCAUUAUACCGUAUGUAUACGUAUUAUCAUGUACUAUACUGCACUUGUACGUUAUUUAUAAAUGGACAUAUACAUUGUGUGUACUUAUGAAAAUAUAAAGCAUACAUAGUUA